UGUAUUUGGAUAUUAUUAUAGAUAAUGUUGACUUAAUUUUUAAAUUAUUUAGGAUCGAAAAAUUAUUUAGAAUGCAUUUCGAAGAGUAACAAUUAAUAAUUACAAUAAUAAUAAAAUAAGAUUUAGUAUGAUUAAAUCAAUGUCCACAUGACCAUACUAAACAUUCAUCCUAAUUAGCAAAUAAUUUAAAUUAAAAAUGAUUAUUAGGAUUCCAUCCAACGUUAUAAUCAUAUUGUCGAUACAGCAUAGAAUGUAAUGGCAACCAAUUAAUGAUUUGCCACGUCAGGAGACCGUUAGCCAUUGCUUUACACCUUGCCUACCUGCAACUUCCUCUUUCUGUGAAUUAUUGCUUUCUUUUUCAGUCGCGACGGUCACCGGGACUACCGGCUUUAUCCGGUAACCGUAACAACUGUAUUUCGUAUCUAUAUAUAUUUGAGAGGAAGAAGUAAAAAGAGGAAUUAGGGUUCAUCAGGGAGAGGGUUGGUAUUUUUCCCUCGCCGAUCGAUUUCGAUUCCGCGGAAUGGCAAUGGAAAUUCAAGCUACAGCCGCGGAAUUCUUGCCUAGGGCGGAAGAAUCGAGCGAUGAAUCGCCGGAAACGACGUCGUUCAGCCGCCAUUGUUGUUGCUUCGGGAGAUUCAAAUCGCGGAAGUCAGUUUGGGAGCGAAUCUCGGCGUCGGAAAUGGAGGCGGAGAGCGGCGACGGAGGCUGGUGGCGUGGCGUUGUGAAGGCGUUGAAAAAGGUGAGAGAAAUGUCGGAGCUCGCUGCUGGUCCGAAGUGGAAGACGUUUCUCCGGCGGUUCAACAGAACGGAUAGUUACCGGUCGAGGAUGGGGAAAUUCCAGUACGAUCCGUCGAGUUACGCGCUGAAUUUCGACGAGGGGGAAGUGAAGGAGGAUAGGUUUCAUCGAGACUUCUCCGCGCGGUAUGCGGCGGUUAAUUUGCAGAGCAAUCUGUUGAAGAAGGAGACGACUCUCUCCAUUUGAAGAUGAGGAAAGAAAGACAAGCCGGAGUCUGCAACGCACGCGCCGCCAACAGCGGCGCGUGAGUACUGCCUGCAGACACGCGGCCGAGAAUCCAUUCAUCUUCACGGCCCAAUUCUUAUUUCCAACCUGAAUAUUUGGGCUUUAUUUACUUAUUUAUUUUAGGGCUGGCAGAAUCGGGCCGACCCGGUUUAUUAUUCUGGGCCGACCCGAGUCCAUUUAAAAUGGAUCACCAAUACGGAGCGUUUGAAGUUGUGCCGGGUUGGCCUAUUAUUGUUUUUAAAUAAUUUUUUGAUUUAUUGUUAUCUUAAAAAAAAAUAAUUAAUUAAUAUGACGACAAUUUGGA